AUGAGGCAAUUCAAUCUCCUCCUCAUAACAACCGCCGCCGCCCUCCUCCUCCUCCUCCUCCCCGCCAUCACCCCGGACAUUACUUCCGACCGCGCCGCCCUCUUAGCCCUCCGCUCCUCCGUGGGCGGUCGUGUCCUUCUUUGGAACCUGUCCAGCGCCACCCCAUGUACUUGGCCUGGCGUCAUAUGCUCGCCUGACAACUCUUCAGUCACUGAGCUUCACUUUCCAGGAAUGGGCCUUUCCGGCAUGCUCCCGCCCAAUACUAUCUCGAAUAUGACUAAUCUCACGACGCUCAGUCUCCGGUAUAAUGCACUUUCCGGCCCACUUCCAGCGGACCUUUUCACUUCGCGUUCGCUUCUUCGAAAUCUUUAUCUCCAGCACAAUUUUUUCAGUGGGCAAAUCCCGGAUUCUUUGUUUACUAUUACAUCCCUUGUCCGAGUAAAUCUAGCGGAAAAUAUUUUUUCUGGCCCGAUUUCACCUGCCUUCAACAAGUUGAUCCGUUUAGGCACGCUAUACUUGCAAGAAAAUCAUUUCUCCGGGUCCAUUCCUGACCUGAAUUUACCCAGUUUAGUUCAAUUCAAUGUCUCGAAUAAUAACCUCACUGGCGAGAUUCCUAAAGGGUUUUCCGGGAAGUCCAAGAGUUCAUUUCUUGGUAAUGCACUCUGUGGUAGUCCACUUGACAAUUCUUGUGGUAGUGAAAAGCAUAAGAAGAAACUCUCAGGUGGCGCGAUUGCUGGCAUAGUAAUUGGUGCAGUGCUCGGUCUUUUCUUGAUUUUAUUGCUUAUUUUUUGCUUGUGUAGGAAAUUGGGUAGGAAGGGAGCUGGAUCGAAGGAUGUGACAGGGGUUGAGGGGUACAGGGUCGGGGUUCAUCGUGAGAAAACGGUGGAGGGUGAGGGCACGGAUGCGCCUGCCAGUAAUUUCGCGGCUGCAGUGGGGGCGAAGGAGAAGGACAGAGGAGAAGCUAAUGUGGUUGGUGGUGGGAAAAAGGGGUUGGUGUUUGUGGGGAGAAAGGAUUUGAUGUUUGAUUUGGAUGAUCUAUUGAAGGCUUCGGCCGAGGUGUUGGGUAAGGGGACGUUUGGAACUGCUUACAAGGCAGUGUUGGAAACGGGCUUGGCUGUGGUGGUGAAGAGACUGAGGGAUGUGAAUUUGGGGGAGAAGGAGUUUGGGCAGAAGAUGGAGGAGGUUGGGAGAAUUAAUCAUGAGAAUUUGGUUCCUUUGAUAGCUUAUCACUAUCACAGUGAUGAGAAGCUUCUUGUCUAUGAUUACUUGCCAAUGGGGAGCUUGUCUGCACUUUUACAUGGAAAUAAAGGAGCUAGUAGGACGCCCUUAAAUUGGGAGUCGAGGGCUUCGAUUGCCCUGGGUGCUGCCCGUGGAAUUUCAUACCUUCAUUCACAAGGCUCAACAAUUUCCCAUGGCAGCAUUAAAUCGUCGAACAUUCUCCUUACCAAAUCUUACGAAGCCCGUGUUUCUGACUUUGGGCUUGCUCAGCUAGCUGCCCCAACAGCCACUCCAAACCGUGUUGCUGGUUACCGAGCACCAGAGGUAACAGAUCCUCGCAAAGUGUCCCAGAAAGCGGAUGUAUACAGUUUUGGAGUAUUGCUACUGGAAUUGCUGACAGGUAAGGCUCCCACACAUACAUUAAUGAACGAGGAGGGGGUCGAUCUCCCAAGAUGGGUUCAGUCUGUGGUCCGAGAAGAGUGGUCUGCCGAAGUGUUUGACCUCGAACUCCUUCGAUAUGACAAUGUCGAGGAAGAUAUGGUUCAGCUUUUACAACUUGCAGUUGACUGCACGGCUCAGUACCCUGAUAAACGCCCUACGAUGGCCGAGGUAACUCACAAAAUGGAAGAGCUCUGUCGAUCGAGCUUACGGUAUUCGAGUGGUGACAUUGUCGAUGCCGCUGAUUCGGGUGCAACACCACCCUAG